UAGAUAUCUUACUUAUUGAACAUCCUAUACAUAUAUAUAGAUAUAAUCUAGCAUGAAUCCAUUAAAACCAUACCAAAGCUCAAUACAUACCACCUUAAAAGAAAAAUAAAUAAAUAAAUGAAAACCCUAAACUCUAAUUUGAUUUUUCCAUUAAUCUUAAUAAUAUUUUUUAGCCACUCUCAAGUGAAUGUCCUAGCUUCAAACAUAGACAAUUUCCUAAAAUGUCUUCCAUCUCAUUCAAAUCAAUCAAACCCAAUUUCUAAUGCAAUCUACACUCAUGAAAACCCAUCUUUCUUAACCAUUUUACAAAACUACAUAAGAGAAAGUAGAUUCAACACAUCAUCAACCCCAAAACCCUUAGCCAUAAUCACAGCCUUAGACGUGUCCCAUGUCCAAGCAACCAUUUUAUGUGCUAAAUCAAAUGGGUUACAAAUUAGAAUUCGAAGUGGUGGGCACGAUUAUGAAGGUUUAUCGUACGUCUCGAAUGUUCCAUUUAUCAUCUUAGACAUGUUCAAUUUUCGAUCUAUUGAAAUCAAUAUCGAAAACGAGCAUGCAUGGGUUCAAGCUGGGGCAACCCUAGGUGAACUUUAUUAUAACAUUGCUAAAAAUAGCAAGGUUCAUGCAUUUCCUGCAGGAGUAUGUUUUACUGUUGGGGCAGGAGGGCAUUUUAGUGGAGGUGGGUAUGGAAAUUUACAAAGGGAAUUUGGAUUAUCUGUUGAUAAUAUUAUUGAUGCUAUAAUUGUUGAUGUAAAUGGUAGGGUUUUGGAUAGGAAAAGUAUGGGUGAAGAUUUGUUUUGGGCUAUUAGAGGUGGUGGUGCUGCUAGUUUUGCUGUCGUUUUGUCGUGGAAAAUUAAAUUAGUUCGUGUUCCUGAGACUGUUACGGUUUUUAAUGUUCCAAAGAGUUUGGAGCAAGGUGCAACGGAUGUUGUUCUUCAAUGGCAGCGUGUGGCUUCAAAAAUUGAUAGGAAGCUCUUCAUUAGAGUGCAACCACAGCUAAUAGAAGAUGAAGGGAUGAAAACUAUUGAAGUAUCAUUCAUAGGAUUAUAUCUAGGAAGAGCAGAUGAAUUGGUUUCAUUGGUGAACAAAAGCUUUCCACUUUUAGGGUUAAAAGCAAAAGAUUGUAAAGAAAUGACAUGGAUAGAAACUACCUUAUUUUGGAAUGGAAACUCGGAUGGAACUCCAAUUGAAGUGCUAUUAGAUCGGACGCCUUCACCCUCUUAUUCCUUCACAAAAAAGAAGUCAGAUUAUUUCAAUAAAGUAAUCCCAAGAGAAGGAUUGGAAACAAUAUGGAAAAAAAUGAUUAAUUUGAAAUUAAAAAAUGCUACGUUAUCGUUUCAAUGGAAUCCUUAUGGUGGCAGAAUAAGCGAAAUUUCGGAUAAGGCAACCCCAUUUCCUCAUAGAUCCAAAAACCUAUUUUUGAUGCAAUAUAUUAUGACUUGGAAAGAUGAUAGUGCUGAAGUUACUCGAAUAAAUAUUGAAGCUACUCGUCAACUUUAUGAAACAUUUACUCCAUUUGUGACUAAUCAUCCAAGGGAAGCUUUCUUGAAUUAUAGGGAUAUUGAUAUUGGGACUAAUGCUAAUGGGAGUUUGGUUUUUGCAUAUGAAUUUUUUAAGGGGAAUGUGCCUAGAUUGUUGCAUGUCAAGGCCAAAGUCGAUCCAACUAAUUUUUUCACUUAUGAACAAAGUAUCCCUAUUUUAAAUAAGAAACCCUAAAAACAUGGAUGCUCCAUCACGAUAAUAGUAUAUUUGGUUUAUAUAUCUAUUUAUAAUUAUGUUAUUGGUUUGUAGUUUAAUUACUUUAUUUUUAAGCUAAUAAGUAAAAUAAGAUACUUUUACAAGUUAGGAUGUCAUAUUCUGAGAAGAUGACCUUAUAUGUAUGUUGCUUAUUUGUUCCAUUACUUGCUUUAUUUAUUUGUGUAUAAAAGUUGUAGAACUCAAUAAAGACGGUGUUUGGUAUA